UCACUCAGUCCCUGAAUGCCAUGACUGAGGACAUUUAUACCAACGGCUCAGCGACUCUGGGCAGUCCCUCCCACGCGAAUGGCCGUGAGGUGCGGAAGAUACGCCUUGUCCAGUUUGAGAAGGUCACCGAGGAGCCCAUGGGAAUCACACUGAAGCUGAACGACAAGCAGAGCUGCAUGGUGGCCAGGAUCUUCCACGGGGGCAUGAUUCACAGACAAGGGUCCCUUCACGUGGGUGAUGAAAUCAUAGAAAUCAAUGGGCAGAGUGUGAGCAACCACUCAGUUGACCAGCUACAGAAGAUGCUGAAAGAAACCAAGGGGAUGGUCUCAAUAAAAGUCAUUCCCAACCAGCAAAGCCGCCUUCCUGCUCUCCAGAUGUUCAUGAGGGCCCAGUUUGACUACGACCCCAAGAAGGACAACCUGAUCCCCUGCAAGGAAGCGGGGCUGAAGUUCCAGAUCGGCGACGUCAUUCAGAUCAUAAACAAGGACGACAGCAACUGGUGGCAGGGCCGGGUGGAGGGGUCCUGUACCGAGGCGGCAGGGCUCAUCCCCUCUCCGGAGCUGCAGGAAUGGUAGGGGGACCCAUCUCCCACGCACGCACACGCCGAGUCCUGCUGUUGUGGGCAAGCUGGCUCUGACCACCCUCUGUCCCGUUUCUCCUCUGCCCCAGUUUUUGACCAGCUGGAUGUGGUGUCCUACGAGGAGGUGGUGAGGCUGCCUGCCUUCAAGAGGAAGACGCUGGUGCUCAUAGGGGCCAGUGGAGUGGGUCGCAGCCACAUCAAGAACGCUCUGCUCAGCAACAACCCGGAGAAGUUCAUGUACCCAGCCCCGUACACCACACGCCCCCAGAAGAAGAACGAGGUGGACGGCAAGGACUACUACUUUGUCUCCACUGAGGAGAUGACCCGGGACAUCUCAGCCAAUGAGUUCCUGGAGUUCGGAAGCUACCAGGGAAAUAUGUUUGGCACCAAGUUCGAGACAGUGCACAAGAUCCACCAGCAGGACAAAGUUGCCAUUUUGGACAUCGAGCCCCAGACCCUGAAGAUCGUCCGCACGGCCGAGCUUUCUCCCUUCAUAGUCUUCAUUGCCCCAACAGACAAGGCGGAGCAGUCAGAGGCUUUGCAGCAGCUCCGGAAGGAUUCAGAGAGCAUCCGGAGCCGAUACGCACACUACUUUGACCUGUCACUAGUCAACAACGGGGUGGAUGAAAGCCUCAAGCUGCUGCAGGAAGCCUUUGAGCAGGCCUGCAGCUCCCCACAGUGGGUGCCCGUCUCCUGGGUGUACUGAGAGAGCGUCCGACCCCAGCCUCUUCCCACCAACCCAUCCUGCAGAAACGGGGAGAAGAGAAACCUUCUCCUCGGCUUCCCCUGAUCAACACACAGCCCAAAACAACUCCCUGCCUCUGCCGUUUCACGGACAGUCUCAUUCAAUCCAUCAUGCACAGGGUCUCCAGAUCUCCUCUCCUGGGGGAACGCAGGACAGAGCCUGCCCAAGGGGCAAAACGCCAGGGCUAAGUUACAGGCUACGGCAGGGCCCAGGGCAUCCCCUCAGCUCAGAGCACAGCUUCCCCACCUUGCCAGGUGGGGGAAAAAGCACAACUCUGCUGUAGUACCCAGCUGACCUUGGUCUCUGCAUCAGACCUGAGGGAAGCUGUAGCACAAGGGCCUUCCAGGAAGACAUCUUCUGCCAUCGCAGGUGUGCACACUGCGCAGCACAAACACUUUGAAAGCCUGGCUCAUGUUUGUAAGGCUUCAGGAAAGCCCUCAGCUUGGGAGGCUUCUCAUAACCUGCACCAGAGCUCCUAAAUACAAGGGUUUCCCCUCACAAACAGGGAAGAGCAGAGAAAGGGUGAACGUGGAUCUGACAAGAGAGGCUUGGAGCAUGCUUUCACCAGGCAGGUCUCACCCUUGUGUUCUGAAGUUUGGGUUUUCUGACUCACCCUGUGCACCUUUAACUUGUAAAAACUCCCUGUAUUUAAAUUCUCACUGUGCAACCCCAAUUGUUACAGGCUGGACAGAAAUUCAGCAGUAGCUAAGUUAAGUCCCACAGACCAAAUUCCAGAGGGACAGUUCAUUAAUUAGAUCCAGCCACAAUUAUCCAUUGCAUGCAGUAGAAACAGUGUCUCUACAAAGAUCAUCCAGUCAUGUUUUCCGGAGUCUAGGGUGUCUCACACACUGUAUGCAAAUAUAAAAGCCACUCAUACAAUGGGAUUCCUUCUUAUGCAGGAGUGUACUGAUGCACAAGUCCCAGCCUGACCAUGUCCAGGAAGCCUCACCAUGCCUCCUGGGCAAACCAUAGCCAUCGUUUUGGAGAAAGAUCUCCUUUGUGUGUUUCAGCAGUUAGCAGUGGGAAAGGGGAAGGGGGUUAAGAAGUCCUGUGCAAUUUUUUAAGGAUGCCAAAAAUAAAAUGUUAACGUGCAAUAGGGACCUUUGUUCUGAUCCACUGCAGGGAAACAAUGAGCAGCAAUAAACGUGUGCUGAAACAGU